UAGGUAUUCUCUGGAAGUAACCGUCUACGAAGUCUUGGUCACCCACUGUCCUCAGAGCCAUCUAUAAGGCUGCACCACUUCAUGAAUGGAAUCAUCGACUCUUUCUGCUCCAUACCUCUUCUUUCUUCUUUGUAAUGGCAGAGGAAAGCAAGGAAUCUCGGCAUCCCCAAGAUGGUAAAGCCCCUGUACAGCAAAUGGCAGAGCAGGACGGUUUCAAGAUGAAUGCAUCACCCAAAGAGGCAUGGCCAGAUUUGGUAGGGCUUGAUGCAGCAGAAGCGGAGAAGAGGAUCAAGAACGACCGGCCAGGAAUUCGCAUCCAAGUGGUUCCACCAGAUCACUUUGUGACCAUGGAUUUUGACGUGGGACGGGUUCGACUCUACAUAGAUUCCUCUGACAAGAUUGCAAAGCUUCCUAGAAUUGGGUAGAUGGCGUCUCAACUCAACAUAUUUGUAUAAUAUAUGCUAUCGUGCACUAUUUGUCAUGAUUACUUGUGCUGGAAUGGUCUGCAAAAGAUUUGAUCUGUUUCUCAAGUUUAUUUGCAGGCAACAAGUAUAAAGCAUUUCUCAUGUGUUUUUUAGUUAUCUUAAGUAAUUAUUUUAAGGAGAUCCUGGCAA